AUGUUCCACCCACUCCUCCUCCCAGCAACCCUCACCCUCCUCACCCUCGUCCACGCCCAAUUAACCUCGGACCCUCUGGCAGGCGUAACCAUCACCGCCUCCCACGGCGGCGCCGGCUCCGGUCUCACAAAUUCCACCAUCUCCAUCCCACUCAAUCACACCUACACUAAUGCCUUACUGGACGAAGUCUCCUACCUCUACCUCACCAGCGCCCAAGGCGUCGACUUGAACAGUAUCACAUGCCAACCUUACCGCGAUGCCAAUGGGACGAUGGCGGCCGGGCCGAGUUUCAAGGCGGGACAGCCGGCGUUUUUGAGUACGAAUACGGUGCAGGUGGGGAGUAUUAUCUGUGUUGGUGAUGGGACCACCACUUCCUCAUCUACACCCACCAAUACACCAAACACAAGCACAUCAUCCGGCGCCCCGGCAACAACACCAACCCUCUCCACCACCACCACCACUUCAAUCCCCUCUUCAGCAAGUAACCCCCAAUCCAAUCCAGCGACCGGACCCGGCAACGCAGCAACCUCCACCUUCGUAACCACAACCAUGCUUCCCAACGGCCACUCAGGAGGAAGCACAGCAGCGCUCAGCACAAUAACCAGUAUCGUAGGCGCACCCGCGAUCUCAGGACCCAGCACCGCAUCCGGCAGUGGCGGAUCCGCAGGAACUUCUUCUCCUUCGAGCACCGCCCCUGCGUCGGCGGGUUUGCAGAGCGCAAGUGGUGCUUCCGAGGGCCUGGCAGCUUUGAGCGAGGAGGGGGCGUGGUUCGGGCUCGCGAUCGCGGGGUUGGGGGUUGCUAUGAUGGUAUGA